AUGGGCGGAGCCUUGGGCUGCGGUGGCGAGGUCCCCCUUGAAAAGCUCCGCCAGUUGGAGGACGAGCUGGACAGUGCCUUUGCCACUCUGCCGAAAAAUGGAGCCGGCCGCAUCGAUCGCCGCUCACUGCGCUACCUCGCCUACCGCCACUUCAGCCAGAAGUAUGCGCUGGUGAUCCGUGGCUUCGAGCCCUCCCGCCCGACCAACGAGUCGCUGUGGGCGGCUGCUGAGGUGCUCAGUGAGAAGGUGCCUGGUUACGUCGAGAACGUGCUGAUGUCGCGGCACGCUGAGGAGCGCGGCUUCGAUGUCCGGGAUGCUGCCUUGCUGAUCACCACUAUCGAGCAGCUGGUCUUCGACUCGGAGAGUGCGCUGCUGACCAAGGUCUAUGAGGCACAGCGCAAGCCCCUGGCGCGGUCGCUGAGUCGCCAGGGCGUCAGUCAGGUGCUGGAGGCCUACCUCGUUCAUUGGCUGUUGGGAGCAGACGAGGAUGGCAUUCAAAUGCUUCUCAACAGUGAAAGGCUCCGCCGCAAGACCUUCCCGCACUGGGCUGAGUUGGUGGCCUUUGCACACGGCCAGAUUAAGGCCCUGGAUUGGGAAAGAUCCCAUACUAGUGGCCUCGCUGCGGGACGGUACAGCUUUGAGGAUACCCACCAGAUCGUGGGCGGCAUCACCCACUCCUUCGCGUCCUUCUGGGAGUCGGAGUGCGCUGAGAUGAAGGAUCAGCUGAUCGCCAUGGAUACGCAGCGUACAGGCCGGGUGCCCCUGUCCAAGUUCUACGGCACAGGGCUUGAAGCUGACUGGCGCUUCGCGGAGUCCGAGGCCUACCUGCGGGAGCUGGGUGCGCUGGAUGAGACGGGCCGAGCCGGAAAGCAGGUGAUCAUCCCAAACUACAUCCAAGCGGCCUCGAACUGCAUCGUCGCGACGAACCACUACAUGGUCUGCUGCCUUAACGACUGCAACCCGCUCCUGGCGGAGCUCGACCGGUCCCUCAGGAGCCCUACAGCAGAGCCCCAGAAGAUCCUGGCUGUCGUUCGCAACAUGACCUCGGGAACCUCUCUGGAGGACGAGGCCGACGCGCGUGUGGACGCGGCGAUGGAGGCGCAGCUGGAGGCCAUUGCCACAAGCCACGGCGGUGAGGUGCCUAUACACGGCCGCUUGUUCCUGCAGUGGCUUCACUAUGUCUUCCCUCGUGAAUGCCCCUUCCCACACAAGUCGGGCACCACCGUCCACCGGGCGCCAUUGGAGUUCGAAGGCGAGUAUGUGGCCUCACAAGAGACUAUGAAGGCAGAGGCAUCGUCCUUGUCAUCCGAGACAUUACCGGCCUUCAACGUCACAAACGGCACCACCGAGCUGCAGUGGAUGUCGCAGUGGAGCGAAGAGGAAGAGCUCAUCGCGGGCUACAAGGGCGCUGGUGCUGGCCAGUGGCGCCCGCUCUCGCGGCUGCUGGGUGCUGGCUGCUUCGGAGUGGCCAUGCUCUUAGGCGCUGUGCGUUUCAACCGCAAGCCCUCGGCUGAGGGCCUGCUGCCGACCCACCGAAAGGCCCAUUUCGUUUGA